AUGCUCAAGCAAAACCUUAUUCUAAGUUUAUUUUAAGAUGAAAGUGUCAUACAUAAUUUUUUUAAUCAAGAUAGAUCACAAAAUAAAAAUUUUUAAAUUAAGACAGAAUUAAGGGAUAUCAUUUUGAAUCUUCAAAAAGAAAGAGAAAGUUAAUAAUUGAAUGUGGGAAUAAGUGUGGAAUAAAAAAUAAAUUAAAAUUUAAUAGUGAAUAAUAAUGGAAGUAAGUCAAAUUCUUACAAAUUAGAAAUUGUUAGGUAGUAUAAUUAAAUAAUCCUAUAAUCUUUAAGCAAAAGCCUAAUUUUAGAAUAAGAUCUCAAUCAUAAUAGUAAAAUUAAAAAUUGAA